UAUGGGAGCCCUAGCAACUGCUGUUCCAUCUCCUCCUCUUGCAGUCAGGAUGCAACCACUAGGGGAUGAAAGCCACUUCUUGGAGCCGCAGCAGGAAACUUUUGCAAUGGAGAAGAAUUCAGCUCAGCACUGGCUGGAAGGGUUAUUUCCUCCUCGAUUUUGCGGGGAAGAUUUCUUCCAUCAACCUGAAACAUUGAUUUGUGAAAAGAUGGGUUUGGAGAGGAAGAAGAGAAGAGAAGAAUUCUUCAAUAAGGCAAGGAAAGAGCUUCAGAAAGAUCGAGAAAAAUCCCCUUUCAGAGUCGAUCUAACUAAAGAUAAUCCAAAGUUAGAAGAGAAAGAAACAUCAGUAUUAAAGGAAAGAGCAGGAAGCAUCUCCGCCUCCCAUUUAGAUGCUGAACCUGGAGAAAAAGUGGCCGAAAAGGAAGGCCGUUGCCUCUGGAACAUAAAGGAAUUGGCCGCGUUAAGGGAAGAGAUGUCCAAGGAGCAUUUAGAAAACCUCUCUUUAAAGCAUCAGCUGUCUUUCCUAAAGGCAGAACUUGCUGAAGUUCAAUCUAAAUGUAAAAAAAUAAUGCCCGAGUUAAAGCGAGCGGAGGAAGACCUCAGACAGUCCAGGGAAGAGCGUUUCUGCAUGGAAGUCCUGUUAAAGCACACUGAGAGGGAAAACUUGAAAAGGGAUUCCUACAUCGAAGCUCUGAAGCAGGAUCUGUUGGGAAAAUCAGAAAGGAUCAGGAGUUUGACGAAGGAGCUCCAGGAGGCGAAAGAGGAGAUCUUGCAUCUGGAUCUUGGCAAAAAGGAGCAAAAGAGGCUCAAAGAGCAGCAAGAGUCAGAAACCAAACUAGCCAUGGAAAAGAUGAAGCUGUUUUAUGAUGCAGAGAUCAGGAAAAUGGGAAAGGCGUUAGAGGAGGCGAAAAGGGAGCAGAAGCGAGAGAAAGCUUUAAGUUCCAAACUUAGAAAAGACUUAGAAAUCCUUAAGCGGCAUUUCUCAAGCCAGGCGUUGUCGUCUGAUUUCGGACAGAAAGGGAGGAUCCGGUUUCUUUAAUGCAAAUGCAGAAUUUGAAAAGAUGACUCAGCUUUGUGAUUUUGUCAUUUUAUCUGAAUUUCUCUUAAGUAAGGUAAAGGUUUCCCCUGACGUUAAGUCCAAUCGUGUCCGACUCUGGGGGUUGGUGCUCAUCUCCAUUUCUAAGCCGAAGAGCCGGCGUUGUCCGUAGACACCUCCAAGGUCAUGUGGCCGGCAUGACUGCAUGGAGCGCCCUUACCUUCCCGCCGGAGCGGUACCUAUUGAUCUACUCACAUUGGCAUGUUUUUGAACUGCUAGGUUGGCAGAAGCUGGAGCUAACAGCGGGCGCUCAUUCCGCUCCUGGGAUUUGAACCUGCGGCCUUUCGGUCUGCAAGUUCAGCAGCUCAGCACUUUAACACACUGAGCCACCGGGGCUCUUAUUUUUGUCAAAAUGGGGUUUUUCUUUGGUAAAGAUCCGUCUGUCUGUAAUGACAAAAGAGUUUCUCUCUGGUUC